GCCAUGAUAGAUAUUUCAUGGAUUGUAAUCAUUCGUUCUUCAUGAAUCGUACUGCAUCUAUUCUUCUUUUUUCCAUUUCUUUAUCAUAGAUUUCAUAUACAUACGUACGAACGUUCAUUUAUUUACUUGUAUACGUGUAAAUAAUAUUCGAAAUGACAGCCGAGGAAAAUCAUCAACAAAGCUAUUGGACGAAAACUUUGGAGUGCAGUAAACCUGAGUGUGUUAAUUGCGGGACUAAGGAAACACCACUUUGGCACUCCACCGAAUCCGGUAAUCUAUGCAAUGAUUGUCUGGAGAAAAAAAGAUCCGCCGAAGCUAAUGGUGAAACGAAGAACGAGGAUGACGACAAAAGUGGAACGUUAAAACCUAUUAGACGAAGUACAAGGAUCACGAGGUAUUGUAAUUCGAAAUCAAGCGGCCCACAUAAGAUUGUUCCAAAGGGUAAAGGGAGGCGAAAUCUGUUUAAAAAAACGCCAGUGAAAGCUCCUACUGCCACAGCAACUCCGGUCACCAGCAAUUUUGUCUUCUAUAAAGGUACUUAUUUUCAAGUCGGCGAUAUAGUUUCCAUGCAGGACAUCGACGGUGGAAUUUAUUAUGCCCAAAUACGUGGAUUACUUACCGAUCAGUAUUGCGAAAAGAGCGCAGCCGUAACCUGGCUUUUGCCAACCACUGCAAGUCCACCGCCAGAAGAAGGAUUUUGUCCGGAAACUUAUAUAGUCGGACCAGAGGAAGAUUUGCCACGUAAAUUGGAAUGCAUGGAAUUUGUUAUGCACGCGCCAUCGGAUUAUUAUAAACUUAAAAAUACUCCAUAUCCUCCGCCAUUAUUGGAGAAAGGUGUUGGAUACGUAUGGACAACUUUGAGGAAUGAGAUAAAUACAUUUAAAAAAUGAUAAUGUCCUUAGUAAAAAAGAUCUUAUUUGUUCUUAGAUAAAGUUUUGUCUAUAACUGUAAAUACCUAUGCCAAUUAAUUGUAUACCGUUUACUUCUAUUCCUUUUGAAUUUUAUUUCAUAAAACAAAAUAAACACUAACAACAAACGGCAAAUAUUAUAAAAAUUUAAGAUAUGUCAGAGAAAUAUUUAUUAAAUAUACUUUUAUUACAUUA